AUGUCUAUUGUGCGCGUCCGUCAUGAAAGUCCCGUCGGUGUCGAGGGGCAUCAUCUAGUAGAGCAUGAUCCCAAAUGUUGGCGAAGAGGUCAAGAUGUUAUCAUGACGAUGACAUCUGUUGGUCUACUGUACGGAGGUCGCAGAAGCGGACAGAGAGAAUUCUUCGUAGGAAAGGGUACGUCUCUGGCUUACUGGGUCUACAAGACGAAGGACCCACUGUUUACUGUUUCCUCGCGUGCCUUGGCCAUGUGGCCGCCCGCUCCCGUGGCACUCCGACCAAUAUUCGUGCAGGCCUCGCACCUCGGCUCGCUGUUUGUUAGGAUUGUGGUCGCAGGUUCAGCCAAACGUGAGGAAGAGGACGACCGAGCUAUCUGUGGCAACAUUUGGACCACCGUGACAGUGGCUUCGAAACUGCAACCAUAUCGUGAUCAUUAUAUAUCUGUCCUAAAUUCUGGGAGAGCACAUAACUCCUUCCUCCUUCUCGCUGGACUCGAACGAACACCAGGGACUUGUCGUCUCUCCCGCUUUUACGCCCUGUAUUCUUGUCGCUCCCAUUGCUACUUCGUAACUCCGACUGCUGCUUUAUUGCUGAUACUUGUAUUCUUACGAGUUAUGGCUUCUUUCGAUAUCAACGAUUUUCUGGUAUCUGCUAGCUCAUUGACUGAGCCUGCAGAGCAUGAUUUCGUAGUCGCCAACGGUGGCACUACUCAUGAUCACGCCCCAAUUAAAAUGGGCAGAUCCGCCCUUGCCCUUGAGAAUGGCUUCAAGCAAGCCCCGUACGGGCGGUUGACAGACAAGGAUGACACAUUAUCGCCCUGGAAAGCCCACAACAACAAAAACCUCAUGCUUCAUGCUGCCGUCCAGGAGGAACAUGCUUAUGGACAGGAGCAGAAUCCUAAAAGCUGGCCUUUAAGGGGUUUUACACCGGUUGUUGAAGAACUGGGGCCCGAUGAAAUGAUAGCACUGUUGCACCCAGGGUGGAAUGCAGGUUCAGCUAUCAGUGCACUUCCCGACGUUUUCCAAACCCAAGGCACAAUUUGUGAACCGACCAUUCAGCAUCAUCAAUGCCCCAAUGGAAAGGCCAGCAACGCUGAAGAAUUUCCUGUACAGCUUGGUGUUCAAGCUUUCCAAAUCAAUGAGAAUACUCCGAGGCAAAUGUCAGGCGAAAUUUCAGUACCGCCACAGCUAGUUAUUCCUAUUCGAAAGCAUCCUCAUGCUUCCAGGAAAGUGUGGCCAUCGCGCCGCCGAGGAGCUCAUACUACGCCAGAAGAUUCACCUCAUGCUGUCUCUUUGACCCAGCAAGCACUUGUGCCAUCUAAUUUUUUAAAAUUUUGGCCCCCUGGUUUAAUCAAGAUGAAAAGGCUGGUGAAAAAUGCUGUAGAGAAGGCCCUGCAGUUAUUGUCGAUGAUUGCAAAGCACGUAUGCGAGGGCUAA